AUGACUUCAAAGAGAAGAUUGUCAUCCAAGGAUAAUGGUGAUGGCCAUAAUCUGGCAGUGGAGAGCUCUGUACCCGAACACGUUGCUGAGAAAGCCGAGGAAUUGUCGAAGACACAUCCACAGGCUGCGGAAGAACCAUUGACGCAUCAUGACGCAGGCGAGUUUAGAAACCUGACGAGGCAUCACACUUCAGCAGCUGACGCGGCAAAAUUGGAAGACGGCGAAAAAAAUCCCUUCACAGGCAGACCGUUUACCACACGUUACGUGGACAUAUUGAAGAUAAGAAGAGAUUUACCUGUGCAUGCACAGAGAGACGAGUUUUUGAAAAUCUACCAACAAAACCAGAUUAUGGUUUUCGUCGGUGAGACCGGUUCCGGUAAAACUACGCAAAUUCCACAAUUUGUGCUUUUCGAUGAAAUGCCACAUCUUCAAAACACGCAGGUCGCCUGUACGCAACCACGUCGUGUGGCGGCGAUGUCUGUCGCACAGAGAGUCGCGGAGGAGAUGGACGUUAAUCUCGGGGAAGAAGUGGGUUAUUCUAUUCGUUUUGAAAAUAAGACCUCCAACAGAACCAUCUUAAAGUACAUGACCGAUGGUAUGCUUCUUAGAGAGGCAAUGGAGGAUCACGACCUCAAAAGGUAUUCUUGCAUUAUUCUCGACGAAGCCCACGAAAGAACUCUCGCCACCGAUAUACUAAUGGGUCUUUUGAAGAACGUCGUCUUACGUCGCCCCGAUUUGAAACUCAUCAUCAUGUCUGCUACGCUGGAUGCAGAGAAGUUUCAGAAAUACUUCCACGAAGCCCCACUUCUAGCGGUUCCUGGACGUACUCAUCCCGUUGAAAUUUACUAUACACCUGAAUUUCAAAGAGAUUACCUCGAUUCUGCCAUUCGCACGGUUUUACAGAUUCACGCCACUGAAGGGCAAGGAGACAUCUUAUUAUUUUUGACAGGCGAAGACGAGAUCGAAGAUGCUGCUAGAAAAAUUUCUCUCGAAGGUGACCAAUUGAUACGCGAGCAAAAUUGCGGUCCACUAAAAGUUUAUCCACUGUACGGGUCUCUGCCACCUCACAUGCAACAACGCAUUUUCGAGCCCGCACCAGAACCUUAUAAUGGUAGACCGGGAAGAAAAGUGAUUGUGUCGACCAACAUUGCAGAGACAUCUUUGACCAUUGACGGAAUCGUUUACGUGGUUGACCCGGGGUUUUCCAAACAGAAGGUGUACAAUCCAAGAAUUAGAGUCGAGUCCUUGCUCGUGUCCCCAAUCAGUAAAGCAUCUGCCCAGCAAAGAGCGGGUCGUGCCGGUCGUACGCGUCCAGGUAAGUGUUUCAGAUUAUACACUGAAGAGGCUUUCAAAAAAGAGCUUAUCGAGCAAAGUUAUCCAGAGAUUUUGAGAUCGAAUUUAUCUUCCACAGUGCUGGAAUUAAAGAAACUAGGAGUCGAUGAUUUGGUACAUUUUGAUUUCAUGGAUCCACCAGCUCCUGAGACAAUGAUGAGGGCGUUGGAAGAACUGAAUUACCUGGCUUGCCUGGACGACGAGGGUGAUUUGACAUCUCUGGGAAGACUGGCGUCCCAAUUCCCGCUCGACCCUAUGCUUGCCGUAAUGUUGAUAGGGUCGCCAGGUUUCAAAUGUUCCGAAGAAAUCUUAACCAUUGUGGCGAUGCUGUCCGUUCCCAGCGUGUUCGUACGGCCUUCAAAGGACAAGAAAAGAGCUGAUGAUGCGAAAAGCGUAUUCGCCCAUCCGGAUGGAGAUCACAUUACGUUACUCAACGUUUAUCAUGCUUUCAAAUCCGACGAGGCUUACGAGUACGGUAUUCAGAAAUGGUGUCGCGAACACUACCUCAACUACCGUUCAUUGGCUUCUGCCGAUAACAUUCGCUCACAGCUGGAGAGAAUCAUGAUAAGACACAACGUCGAACUAGCUACAACUGACUACGCAGACGCACGCUAUUUCGACAACAUAAGAGAGGCGCUAGCAGCUGGAUUUUUCAUGCAAGUCGCCAAAAAGCGGUCAGGUGGGAAAGGCUACAUAACGGCUAAGGACAACCAAGACGUCCUUCUGCAUCCAAGCACGGUUCUGGGCCACGACGCAGAAUGGGUAAUAUACAACGAAUUUGUCUUGACCUCCAAAAACUACAUCAGAACGGUCACAUCUGUGAGGCCCGAAUGGCUCCUAGAGCUUGCACCGACUUAUUUCGAUCUCUGUCAUUUUCAGAAGGGCGACGUUAAGUUGUCCUUGGAACGCGUCAAACAAAAAUUGGAUCUAAUGAAAGACAAGGGAGAUCACAAAUCUAGUAAGUCCAAGAAGCACAAGAAAUAA